AAGAGGUCAUUAGAGAGGCCAUUUCCCUAGAGCAGGCGGGAUCACUUCUCUAUUCUCUCUCCCUUUCUUUAUACUUUUACCUCGUUAAGUGAAUAUAUGAAAAGUCCGUUACAAUGAUUAUAAAUAAAGACUAGAAAUGAUAUUGAUAAUGCUUAUAAGCACAGUAAGAAGAAAAUAGAUUAGUAGUGAGAGAAGAGCGUGGUGAGUUCUAUGUAGUACAAACUACAAAGCUACUAUCUUCUCCACUAAAUCACUACUCAUAGAAGAAGAAGCUCAAAUUCAUCCCAUUCUAAUUACUUUCUUAACUCCAAUUUUUAGAAGCAUUAAAAAUUACUAGAAAACACCCUGAAAUUUUUCUAGUGUGAACUUUUUAUAUAUAUAUAUAUAUAUAUACUACUAUUCUCACUCACUCACUCACUCACUAGUAGGCAACUUCAAAGAUGGUUCGAAGAACCUGCAUUGUUGUAAUAAUCUCUCUUAUUCUGAGCUCAUUCUCAUACCUUGGUGUUGCAUAUCUUAACCUCACUCUUCCCGGCCAGCAUCCAUUUCCUGAACAGGUUGUUCAUGAUGUUCACAGGAAAGUAAAUGCAUCCAUAGCAAGAAGGGAAAUGCUACAAACAUCCUUAAGAGACCAAUCCUCAUCAACAUAUUCUUCAUGCCUAACCGGUAAUCCUAUAGAUGAUUGUUGGAAAUGCGACCCGGACUGGCCCAACAACCGGCAGCGCCUUGCCGAUUGCGCAAUCGGGUUCGGACAGUAUGCCGUCGGAGGUAAAGGUGGCAAGUACUACAUUGUCACCGAUAGCUCUGACGACGAUGCUGUCAACCCGAAGCCCGGGACGCUUCGGUAUGCCGUGAUUCAGACGGAGCCAUUGUGGAUUGUGUUCCCACAGAACAUGCUUAUAAAGCUGUCCCAAGAGCUCAUCUUUAAUAGUUACAAAACUUUGGAUGGGAGAGGAGCUAACGUACACAUUGUUGGUGGUGGUUGCAUUACUCUGCAGUAUAUAAGCAAUGUCAUUAUACACAAUAUUCAUAUUCAUCAUUGUCAUGUUUCAGGGAAUGCGAAUGUGCGGUCGAGCCCAUCACACUACGGAUACAGAACAGAAUCAGACGGUGAUGGAAUCUCCAUAUUUGGGGCAAAGGACAUAUGGAUCGACCACUGCUCACUCUCACACUGUAAGGAUGGGUUAAUAGACGCAGUGAUGGGUUCAACAGGAAUCACCAUAUCAAACAACCUCUUCUCCCACCACAACGAGGUCAUGCUGCUCGGCCACAGCGAUGAUUACACUCCCGACUCAGGCAUGCAAGUCACCAUUGCCUUCAACCACUUCGGCGAGAACCUCGUUCAGCGCAUGCCUCGCUGUCGACGUGGCUACAUCCACGUCGUUAAUAAUGAUUUCACUCGUUGGGAGAUGUACGCCAUCGGCGGUAGCGGAAACCCCACCAUUAAUAGCCAGGGCAACCGCUACACUGCGCCUAUUGACCGCAAUGCCAAGGAGGUAACAAAGAGAGUAGAGACUGGCGAAGGAGAAUGGAGGAGCUGGAAUUGGAGAUCAGAAGGAGAUAUAAUGGUGAAUGGUGCAUACUUUGUGGCCUCAGGUGAAGGCGUUGAGGUUAAGUAUGAGAAGGCUUAUAGUGUGGAGCCUAAAUCAGCUGUGCUUAUCGAUAUGCUCACAUUACAUGCUGGUCCACUUGGAGUUGGUAGCAGGGACAACAAUGUGGGAAUGUGGAGCACAGGACCAAAUGGUGGAACAAGUGGUUUGGGAUCAGGGCCUGACUAUACAGAUGAGAUGUCUGGAAAUGGAAAUAGAAGUGUCCCUAUAUCAACUUCAUCUGCCUUUAUUCUCUUCUUCUCAUUGUUAUUAUCACUCUCAACCUUGUUAUUUUGGUAUGCUGCUUCUGACACCCAUUACUUUACUAUCAAAUACAACUUAUGACACUAAGCUUUGAUUUGAAAAGAAAAAAGAAAAAAGACUCCAUCAUCCUCAUCAAGUUAAUUAAAAGAAAUUGCACAAAAAAAAUUUGUGUUUCUGGUAGAAAAUUGCAUAAAGGUAUGAUGCAUGCAGUAAUUUGCUACCAAUUUCUUUUCUUCAUCUAACUCACUCAUCAACUGUUCAAGACUGAAAAAACCUUGUAAGAAAAGACUAUUUUUGGGUUUGGCUU